CCACCAACAACGCUACCAACACAUUGAGUCAGAGCCUAGACCUCAGAUUCCGAACCGUUCUGUUCGCGUAGGCCGGCUUUUGCUUACCGCGUCGCCAAAAUGGCGGCAGCGGUGGGCAGCAAUGCUCUUGGUAUAGAUGCCAACAACUUUUACACCCGUGGAGCUGCGGGACAAACCGACAAUGUGGGGAAGUCAAUGGUUCAGCAGCACGCGGAGAGGAUGGCGCAGGAGAAAGAGCAGAAUGCUCUUCAGAAGCUGGCCGUCCUGCUGCCGCAGCUGGGGUUCUUUGCGCGUCUCAUGGCGCUCCAAGAGACGAGCUGGGACGUGGACCGGGCGCUCACCCUUCUCCGGCGGUUUGUUGCGGAGAAUGACCUCCAACUAAAAGCCAUUCACAAGAAGCGCAAGAAGGUGCAGCGGGAGAUAGAGAAGGAGCAGGAGCCCAGCAGCUCGGGCGGCAGCGGCAGCGACGACGACGACAGCGGCUCGGGGAGUGGCAGCGGCAGUGACUCGGAGGGCGGCGAGCGGAAAAAGCGGAGACGGGAUAAGGACCGGAAGCGGAGUAGCAGCGGCAAGAAGAAGCGCAGCAAGGACUCGGACAAGAAGAAGAAGAAGCGGAGCAAGGACAAGGACCGGGGCAAGGCGACAGUCAAGACGCUCACGCACUCGGAGGACUUUGGCAAGUACGGCAUUAUCCGCGAGGCCGACUCGUACGCCAAGCGCAACGAGUUCAUUCUGUGGGCUCUGGAGGUGAAGAAGACGGACGUGGAGAACCUGGGGAAGUUCGAGGAGCGGGACCUGUUCAAGGACUACAUGGAGGACUACAACACAGGUACGCUGCCGCACCGCAAGUACUACGACCUGGAGGCCUACGAGCGCGCGCGCGCCGCCAAGGCCGCCGCCAAGGGCGCCAAGUUGGGCGACAAGGGCGGCCGCAAGGCACUCAACGACGAGGAGGCGCUGCGGCAGCAGCGUGAGGAGGAGCGCCGCAAGCUGGCGGCGGAGCGCAUGGUGGACGCCUACCGCGAGAUCAAGUACAGCGACAAGGGCCAGGACAUGCGCGAGCAGGAGAUGCUCCGCGCCCAGAUGGCCCUGGCCUACAAGACUGGAGACGUGGACAAGGCGCACCGCCUGCAGAGCCGCCUGCAGCCAGACGAGCUCAAGAAGAAGUAGUGGGGGGGCGGGGGUGGGGCUGCAUGCGGUGGGGCUGCAUGCAGUGUAGCUGCAGGGGGCUGCGCUGGUGGGGCUGCAAGAGGCUGCGGUGGGAGCGCUAAGCGUUGUGUCGUGGCCGUGGCGGUGCGUGUGACGUGUGACGCGGCGGUGUGGGUUGUUGGGUUUGGGGGCGGACGUGGCGGACCCCUGAUGGUGGGCGAGGGGCAGAGAUGCGGGAUGUGCCGCAACUCGUGUGCGGCGCGGUGCGGCGGCGGCAAAGGCAAACGCAACGAGGCCCCAGAGCCCCGACAGGCGCCGUUGUGUCAGCUAGUCGCCAGAACUGCCGUUCAAGACUUCAUGUUGUAACUGCCAGUUGGU